ACUCGCUUUCUGGUUGGCUGCAGCGGGAGGUGGGCGGGACUUUUGAGAGGACGUUCGCGACCCUUCGCAGGGCUGUAGGCGGAGCUUAGGCCUCGGCGGCUGCUGAGGUAUAAUUCCGCGCCUGUGCGCGCGACGGUCUGUUACCUCCGACCGGCUGUCUGUUCCUGGACGGGGGGCUUGUCGUAGGCCGAGCUGCACGAUGAGGAGGCUGCAGGUAGUGCUGGGCCACCUGAAAGGCCAGCCCGACUCCGGUGGCCAGCCCGACUCCGGCUGGAAGCCGCAGGCCGCGCUGUGCGCAAGCAGCGCCCCGCGGGCCUCGGCCUCGGCCGCGGACGUGGUGGUGGUGCACGGGCGGCGCACGGCCAUUGGACGAGCGAACCGCGGCGGCUUCAAGGAUACCACCCCCGACGAGCUUCUCUCGGCCGUCAUGACCGCGGUUCUCCAGGACUUGAAGCUGAGGCCAGAGCAGCUGGGGGACAUCUGCGUAGGAAAUGUGCUUCAGCCUGGGGCCGGGGCAGUCAUGGCCCGAAUCGCCCAGUUUCUGAGUGACAUCCCAGAGACUGUGCCUUUGUCUGCCGUCAACAGACAGUGUUCGUCGGGGCUACAGGCAGUGGCCAACAUAGCUGGUGGCAUCAGAAAUGGGUCUUAUGACAUUGGCAUGGCCUGUGGGGUGGAGUCCAUGUCCCUGGCUGACAGAGGGAACCCUGGAAAUAUUACUUCACGUUUGAUGGAGAAGGACAAGGCCAGAGAUUGCCUGAUUCCUAUGGGGAUAACCUCUGAGAAUGUGGCUGAGCGGUUCGGCAUUUCACGGGAGAAGCAGGAUACCUUUGCACUGGCUUCCCAGCAGAAGGCAGCAAGGGCCCAGAACAAGGGCUGUUUCCAAGCUGAGAUUGUGCCUGUGACCACCACCAUGCAUGAUGACAAGGGCACCACAAGAAGCAUCACUGUGACCCAGGAUGAGGGUAUCCGCCCCAGCACCACCAUGGAGGGCCUGGCCAAACUGAAGCCUGCCUUCAAGAAGAAUGGCUCCACCACAGCUGGAAACUCCAGCCAGGUGAGUGAUGGGGCAGCUGCCGUCCUGCUGGCCCGGAGGUCCAAGGCAGAAGAGUUGGGACUUCCCAUCCUUGGGGUCCUGAGGUCCUAUGCAGUGGUUGGGGUACCACCUGAUGUUAUGGGCAUCGGACCUGCCUAUGCCAUCCCUGUAGCAUUGCAGAAAGCAGGGCUGACAGUGAAUGAUGUGGAUAUCUUUGAGAUUAAUGAGGCCUUUGCAAGCCAGGCCGUCUAUUGUGUGGAGAAGCUAGGGCUUCCCCUUGAGAAGGUGAACCCUCUGGGGGGUGCAGUGGCUUUAGGGCACCCCCUGGGCUGCACUGGGGCCCGGCAGGUCAUCACGCUGCUCAAUGAGCUGAAGCGCCGUGGAAAGAGGGCCUACGGAGUGGUAUCCAUGUGCAUUGGGACUGGAAUGGGAGCUGCUGCUGUCUUUGAAUACCCUGGAAACUGAGGCCCCAGGCUAGAGGUGCUACCCAGCAGUCCUGCCCCAGCAGCAAGGGAGCAACACUACAGAAGAGAAGCACAUGGGAAAAUUCAGCACGGGUGGUGGUGGCACUUCAGUUUGGGAAAUGUGAACACUGAUAACAUGGUACAGGAAUGGGUGGGGUGUUGGACCAGCCCUCAUCAGGCCCCCUUUAGCUGUGCCCAUGUCAUUGAGGCCACAAGGCCAUCAUGUAAUUCCUGGGGGAAGGCCGAUUUAUGGAUGAGGAGUGCAGUGGACAUAGUAAAUGUGUGCUAACUUAUCUU